GUUACCUACGUGAAACUCUAGCACUGGAGGAGAUCAAAGGAAGCACAAAGCGUACAGACUUGAAACCCUGACAUGGACUCAGAGUCAGAUGCUCUCAGUAUCCCUGCAUCCCGCGUCCAGAUGGAGUCCUCUACAGCCUUUUAUGAUUAUCAUGAUAAAUUGAGUCUUCUAUGUGAGAACAAUGUCAUCUUCUUUUCCACCAUCUCUACCAUUGUCCUGUACUCUCUGGUAUUUCUCCUCAGCCUUGUGGGUAACAGCCUGGUUUUGUGGGUCUUGGUGAAGUAUGAGAAUCUAGAGUCACUCACCAAUAUCUUCAUCCUCAACCUGUGUCUCUCAGACCUGAUGUUCUCCUGUCUACUGCCUGUGUUGAUCUCAGCACAAUGGAGUUGGUUUCUAGGUGACUUCUUCUGCAAGUUCUUCAACAUGAUCUUCGGCAUCAGCCUCUACAGCAGCAUCUUCUUCCUUACCAUCAUGACCAUCCACCGAUACCUGUCUGUAGUGAGCCCCAUCUCUACUCUGGGUAUCCAUACCCUCCGCUGCCGUGUGCUGGUGACAUCAUGUGUGUGGGCAGCCAGCAUCCUGUUCUCCAUCCCUGAUGCUGUCUUCCACAAAGUGAUCUCCUUAAAUUGUAAAUAUUCUGAACAUCAUGGGUUCUUGGCCUCAGUCUACCAGCACAACAUCUUCUUCCUCCUCUCCAUGGGAAUCAUCCUAUUCUGUUAUGUACAGAUUCUCAGGACUUUGUUUCGCACAAGGUCCAGACAGAGACACCGAACAGUCAGGCUCAUCUUCACCGUCGUGGUAGCAUACUUCCUCAGCUGGGCUCCCUACAACCUCACACUCUUCCUGAAAACUGGAAUCAUCCAGCAGAGCUGUGAGAGCCUUCAGCAACUGGACAUUGCUAUGAUUAUCUGUCGCCAUUUGGCCUUCUCUCAUUGCUGUUUCAACCCAGUGCUUUAUGUCUUUGUUGGGAUCAAGUUCCGCAGACACCUAAAACAUCUCUUCCAGCAGGUCUGGCUGUGCCGGAAGACAUCCAGCACUGUUCCCUGCUCCCCUGGUACCUUUACAUAUGAGGGACCCUCCUUCUACUGAGAGGAGAGGAUGGGCACAUGGAGAUGACUAUGGGAGGUAAAGGAAGACAAGGAGAAGUGGAUCAGGAAGGAAAAUAUAACUGAAGAUACUACAGAGUGUGGAGGAAAGACAUGAUACCCAUGGGGAAGUGGCUUCCAGCUGGGCAAGCCAAAGCAACACUUCGUGCACUCAGUUCAUCAUUUAUUCUCUUACUUAGACAUAGAUUGCUUGUUAGUGAUGGUCAGAAGAUCCUAAAUAGAAGGAUUUCUAGACUUUAGGAGGGCUUGAAGCUUAUAGUAUGUGCUAACUGUGCAGUGAUGUUGCUGGUACAUAGGGUUGCCCCAAACUAUUUUUUUUUCACCUUGGUGAUAGCUGACUCUGUGAUUCUUAGCAGCUACAGAAAGAAAAAAAACUCUCUUCAGGACAAGAAUAAUCACAUCUUUAAAUAAGUACAGUCACAAUGAAGUCUAUACCAUAAAAUCCCACUAAAAUGAAGAUGGUUCUGAGCCGGGUGUGGUGGCGCAUGCCUUUAAUCCCAGCACUCAGGAGGCAGAGACAGGCAGAUUUCUGAGUUUGAGGCCAGCCUGGUCUACAGAGUGAGUUCCAGGACAGCCAGGGCUACACAGAGAAACCCUGUCUUGAAAAACAAAACAAAACAAAACAAAACAAAACAAAAAAACAACAACAACAAAGAUGGUUCCAUAUUCUGGCAACAGCUGCUAACACAUAAGCUGGCUUUUAAAUAUUUAGCUCAUAACUGAAAGAAAAAAUACAAUAUGUGCUACUGUCUGCACUAAGUAAUUAUUUGGACAAUACAAAGAUGAAUAGGAUAUUGCUGCUAACUUUCAGUUGACACCAAUCCAUCCAAGAAGGUCCAGAUAAGAAAAGUCCACUUAACAGAGGCAUUCAGGUUGAAUAUUCCUGUCAUUUCAUCUCUUCCAGAUUGAGAGAAAGAUGACUUCCUUACAUGUGGAUAAUAAUGCCAGCAUUCCCCUCUUAACCAUUCUCCAGAGCUAAAUUCUCCUCAUGCACCACAUUCCCUUUCGCAGAGCCAGGUCCCGUGGAUUCUGCCUUCCCAACAUCUCUCCAGCUUAUGAGCACAUACCCUUGACUUCAUCUUUAUAGUGCCCUCUGUUCCAUAGUAUCUUCCUUUUGCUUCUAUUUUUCCUCUGUUACAUCUUCCUCCUUCAGGAAGCUGCCUGCCUGAGAUUUAUCUUUUAUUUUACAGCUCCUCUGCCUAGAGUCUGUCUUUGACGCUUUAAUAAAAUUGUCCUCAAGCUCCCUUCUGAGUUACUUCUUAAAUUCUUUUAUUAAUAAAACUAGUAACACAAAAGAGGGCCCAGAUUUCCCUGGUAAUAUAAGGUUACUCCAUCAGAAUGCUCCAGAAUUUCAGGUAACAUUAUUACCUUUGGGGCAGUUUAGACUGUUAUAUCUGCAUCCAGGGCCAAAGACAGAACUCAGAUCCUGUUCUUUCAACCAAAAAUAAAUACAUAAAAACAUAUAACAGUAGACUUUAAAGAAUUAAUGAAAAAAUUAAAAGACAUAAAAUAGUUAUGGAUUACCCAGAAGAAGUAACUUUCAAGUGGAUAGAGGGAUGGCUCAGCAGUUAAGAGCACUGGCUACUCCUCCAGAGGGCCUAAAUUCAGUUCCCAAAGCCCACAUGGUAUCUCCCAACCAUUUUAACUGCAGUUCCAAGGGAAUCCAUUGCCCUCUUCUGGCCUCCUUUCCUUUGUACACGAAGAUGAACAUUUCAUAUAUCUUACAAUGUGUCGGUUAGAGAUCCCUCGGGCACCUUACACUUCAUCCUAGUUUAUAUCUCUGCCCAUUAGCCAGGUGGGCUUGAAAUUCCUUUUCUUCUAAAAGCCUCAAUUUCAUCUUUGAAGUUCAGAAAUGAACCCUACCUAUAGCACAGAGCUGUGUUGAGUUUUAAACAUAACAUUAUAUAGGCUUUUGGUUAGGGUAUGACAUAUUAGGUUUUUAAUAUAUACAAUAAUCUACUGCACAAUAUUUUGGUCAAUGUUGGACCACAUAUCACUGUGCUCCCUUAAGACUAAAUCAUCUAGUGAUGUCAUAGUCAUCUUAAUUUAUCUAACUAUACUCCAGAUGAAUUGUCUAUGAAAUUCUCAAAAUACAUCAUUGCCCUUAAAUAACCCAUGAUUGCUUGAGACCUGUCUUCCUCUUCUCUGUAAAUUUAUUUGGGAUCUAAGUUUCAAACAAGGGUGUUUGAAAUCCCUUUUGUGGGAACAGGACUGAGGAUGGGCAUUUAGAGGCGACAGAGUCACGUGACAACUCCUGGUAAAUAAAGCUCCAGAGAUCAGUAUCAGUGUGCAGAUCUGCAUUUAUUGCCAAGCACAUAAGCUUAUAUACAGUAUUUGAGCCAAUCCCAAGCCCCUAAAUCCUUGGCCAAGCAUAACUUACUACAUCUCACCAUAUCCCAAUAAAAGCUGUGACUGAUGAGGUAACUCAGAGAGAAGGGGUGUGGCGAGCAUUGUCACCUGUAGGGACUUUUGUGAAGACUCAGAAGCAGCCACUGUCUUGACCUUAGUUCCUUUUUGCUGUCUCACUGGUGUCCCGGGAGCCAUCUUAGAUCUGACACCAUGUACAGCAGAUCAGGACUCUGUGGCACAGUGCUCUCCACCCCACAUAUUCCUUCACAAGGUUGUCUUCCACAUGCCUCACACUCUCAAUCUUAACAUCCCAAAGCUGUUCAGGCUGUAGUCAGAGCAAGUUUUUCUUAGUUCACUCUAUUGAUAAAUCUUUAUUUCUGAUGUCAUUUCCUCCCACUUCUUCCCUUUUUUUUGUUUUCCUUUGUUAACAGAAAGGGGAAUCAUUUCUCUUCGUGAGGUUUUUUUUAUCCUCAUCCACAAACUGACAACUCCAUCAAGUUAAUAUGUUGUCUCAUAUACCUCCAGUAUAAAAUAUGAAAUUAACUUAAAAGAUUUCUUUUCCUUCCUGUAUGAAUUUAUCCUGAGAACCUGGAAUGCUGAAGUCUGGCAGAUGCCACUAUUAGCUAAGUCCUGUAAGGUACACAAGCAUUUCUAGCUAACAUGAUGAAAAUAAGGCAGUGUGAGGAGCCAGCCAGAGCUAAGAAGCGAACCUAAUCAUGGGCUGACAUUCCUAUGUACUGUCCCCUGUCUUUAGCAUGUUCAUCCAUACUGGACUUGGAAUGCAGUGUUCUAUUGCACCAGGCUUCAGGGUGCUUUGCAACUCAGCAACAAGCAAACACGGGACUGAGGAAGCUAAGCAUGGUAGUUCUUUAGCACAUAUUUUCAAACACUGUUUUUUAAGUGUCUGUUAAUGAGGGGGAAACAAAAACUGAGAACUUAGGUCCAGCAGUACAUACUAAGUUCAUUUUUUUUUAGCUUCAUAAAUAAAACGUAAUAGU